AAAGGUCAUGUGCAUUAUUCAUGAUUUCCUUUUCUUUGUUUAGGCGGGGGGAAGUCAUUGUGAUUGAGUUUGAGCUUGUGUAAUUUAGUUUUAUUAACUCUGACUGUAACUCACUCGCUGAUCGUGCCUCCUUCAGGACAGACCUGAGUAUUACAACACCCGCUGAAAGCCCCGCACCUGAUACUAGGUUUCCGUGGCCUCAAACUGAUCUGUAAGAGACGCGGACAUCAGUCAUGAGGAACCUGCAGACCACUCAAGACCAGAACUUCUACCGCGAGCUGAUCCUGAAGGAGGCCUACACGCGGCUGGCCUGGAAGAUGAAAUACAGCAAAGAAUACCCGACAACCUUCGCGUCUCGCAGGUCCAAGUCCAUCGGGUUGUUUAACCCUCCGUCUGUCGGUAAAGUCCCUCUGCCUCCGGUGGUCCAGCCGCGGGAGAAGCCCCCGGUGCUCCGCUCACUGAGUGAAGCCCCGCUCAUGAGACCCGUGAGCCCGUCCACCACAGCGGCUCUCUAUAAGGGCUCAUCCAACGAAGGCAAAGGACGGAGUUUGUAUUUGAAGAAACGGGCGCAGAAAGGCCCGGAGGAAAAGUUUGAUUAUCCGAUUCUGUCGUCCUGGGAUUAUGGAUGGAGAUUAGGUGAUUAUGAGGUUGACAGUAAGACUCCAGUCCACGGGAGAUCUGGGAUCGUAAAGAGCACCUUUUAUGCCAGGAAUGGCAUUUUUAAUAUUCCUGCAGCUACUGAUCGGCUUGGAUAAAACACUGAUAAAUGUUUCUCAUCUCAUUGAGUUUUAACAGACAGUACUCUAAUACGCAAUUACUCAUGUAAAAAAAAAAGUAUGCAUGCAUGCAUUAUCAAUGCAUUAAUAAAAACUCCUAUGAUUAGAAA